AUGGAAGUGUUUGAUCCUGAGUACGGUGAGGAUAUAUUGCCGGAGCGGUGCCACGAGGGUGGCAGGCACACAACAAGUCGAGUUGCUCAAGAAUGUAGGCAGAAGAAGAAAGAACUCAAACAUGGUGACGAAGGUGUGUCUGCUAAUGCGCUUCUGGAAUAUGGAGGCUCCACCAUUCACAAGUGGGCUGGAAUGGGAGAUGGUCGUUUCAGUGGAGAACACCUAGCACACCUCAUCAACACUGAUAAUGCAUACACGGCAGUGGAAAACAACAUUCUGUCAGUUGAUGCCAUCCUCAUUGAUGAAGUCUCCAUGUUGAGUCAGCAAACACUGGAGACCUUGGAAAUUAUUUGCAGAAAACUAAGGUCAUCUGAUCUCUUCUUUGGUGGCCUCCAAAUAAUAAUGGCUGGAGAUUUCUAUCAGCUACCUCCAGUGCCAAGUCCAGAGUAUGGUGACUAUGGUCACCAUUGCUUUCUAUCUCACACCUUCAUCUGCAUCCCACACAAGCUGCAGCUUGCUCAGGUACUUUGCCAGAAAGAUGAUGUCUUAAUCACCUGCAUCAACGAGCUAGCUAGGGGUGAAUCUCUAUCCCCAGGCUCUUGCUCUCUCCUGGCUGAGGUAGCUCGCCCUUUGAAGGCAUCAGGUCAGCUUGUCCUUUUCUCUAGAAAUUUUGAGGCUGAUGUAUUCAGUGCAGAAAAGCUCAGCCAGCUGCAAGGAAAGCAGACCUUAUACACGGCGACCGACUCUGGAGAUAGGCAAACAUUAAGAAGAUCUAGAGUUCCCAGGUAUGUUGCCCUCAAAUUCGGUGCACCUGUUGUUCUGACUGCGAACAUAUCAGAACAGUACUUCAAUAGCCUGUUAGGAACAGUUACUGCGAUCACACCUGAUGGCCCUCUCGUAAAGUUUGAAGUCAAGGGUCAUCAACAGGCAAUAAUCAUCAGUGCUCACCUUUCUUCAAUUUUUUCACCGGCACAUCAGAAGGUCAUUGCAACGAGGAAGCAGCUACCCUUACUGCUUGCGGUUGCAAUGACGAUCCACAAAUGUCAAGAAGAGGGUUAUCAUUCAGUAAAAAGGAUCAAGAGCUCUGGGUUCCACGGGGGAAUUUUUACGGCUGAUGAGUUCAGGGAACAAGCAAACCGCAGAGGCGGAAAAGGAAUGUUGGAAGACAUCAGAAAACUGUGGUCGUUCGUGAUGUCAAAUCAUGAUGCUCUUCCAUUCAUGGCGCCACCAUAUGGACAACUAGGGAUGGGAGGAUACAUAGAAUCAUUCUGGAGGGGAUUGAGUCGUCCAGCGGCGGUUACAGAUGACGUAUCCAGAAGAGUGAAGGUUGGAAACAAGAAUGGAAACAAGAAGACCAAAUAA